CUGGAAGAUGGGGUGUGCACUUGGGGAUUGCAAAGGAUCACAAGGGGUGGCUGCUAUGGGACUUGACCACCCAGAAGUUGACAGUGUCAAGGGAUGUGAAGUUUCUGGAGUCCCUGUACUACAAGGAAUGGAAGCAGCAGCAACAGAAGCUUCCAUCUACACCGCUCAUUGUGGAGGCAGGCCUUCAAGACAGGUGGAGGUUGCAGUGUCUGAGGAGGAGAUGUCUGGGGUGACUGAGGAAGGGGGAGCAGCUGAAGUGGAGCAGCAGCAGCAACAGCAUGAGUCUCCACCUCGAGUUCCACACCCGCCUGAGCGAUCUAGGAGGGAUGUGCGCCCUCCGGUGAGGCUGACCUAUGGGGGAAGAGGCAAGCCGAAUGUGGUGCAGGCUGGGAGUGUGGUUGAGCAGAUUGAGGAAGAUGAGAUUGCAUUGUGCUAUUGGGCUGCAAUUCCUCAGCCUAAGGUACUGACGCUAGCUUCAACUCAGUGAAAGCGGAUGGCACCAGCAUUGGGGGUUAUGUGUGCUUGCUGGGAGGUGGUGCUGUGAGCUGGCGCAGCAAGAAGCAGAAUGAGGUGGGAUUGUUCUCAUGUGAGACUGAGUACAUGGCCUUACACCAUGGGGCCAAGGAAGUGGUGUGGCUGAGGCGCUUGUUGGAGGAGUUGGGAGUUGGUCAGGAGGAGCCGACAGUUGUCUUCUGUGACAAUGAGUCUGCAGUGAAGCUGGCCAAGAAUGCUUGUCUGCAUGGGCUGACAAAACACAUAAGGCCUAAGUGGCAUUGGGUAAGGAGACUCCUUGAUAAGGAGGUGCGGCUGGAGAUAGGGAAGACCCAUCAGCAGGCAGCAGAUAUUUUCACUAAGCGUCUGGCGGAGGAGAAUCAUUGGAAGGGCAUGAAGCUUGCUGAGAUGAGUGUGCAUUGAGUAUGCAUGCUUGCGAUGUGAUAUGGUGGAUGAUGGUUGGCAGCCAGAGGGGGAGAUUCUUGUGUGAUGUCAUCAUAUGCUAUCACAUUCUGUCUGCCUCCCAUCCCAUGUUUUCAACUUGCACAUAUGGUUUGACAGUGCGUGAAAGAGCAUCAAGAGCAUGUGUAUGGCCUCAAGAGUAUCA